UUAAAUAUAUGAUGUGUUCGGUUUGUGAUAUCACAGAAAAUAAUAAUCAACAGGGUCAAGGGAACAGGCGAAACGCAGCACAAGGGAGAAUGAGAAUUUUCACUACUCCUUUAUCAACUUCUGAUACUGGUGGUAAUAAUAAUUCGACAUUGUUUUUUGAAAGUUUUUCUUCCUCAGCUAUUGUCUCCCAAGAAAACAGAGAGACUUCUAUUAUGUUCCCAAUUAACAAUAACAAUCCUGCUGCUGAAAUAAUCCACAUCAAUGACGAAGAACCAGAUCUUGAAUCAUCAUUUAUAGAAGGCAAUCUUAAUUCUUUCUCUUCAAUUUUACCAACAAUGGAACAAACCAAUCAAGAUGCCUCAAAUCUUUUAACAUUACAAAGAAAUUUGAGAAUCAACACCGCCAACAACAACAACCGACAAGAUGGUGUGUCACUUGAUUUAUCCUUACACCAGUUUGGCGGUGAUGGCGGUGGCAGCUCUUCUACUAUGGAUGUCAUCAGUGGCAGCGCUGGUGGUGGUGGAGGUGGAGAUGGUCUCUUGACGAGCGUUCUCAACAAUACUUCUACUAGGCGCAUCAUGCCUAUCAAAAGAACUGCACCUGAUUAUGCUCGCCGAGAGUUUACAGUGGGUGAGAGCUCAAGUGCCGGUGGUGCUGGUGGUGGAUCUGUUGCUCAACCUAUGGCAGCCCCCAAGCGCCGCCCCACCGCUAAUGAAAAUGCGGCGCUGCGCGUUUCAUCAUCAUCUAAUACCUGCACUUGUACCCCUUCUCCCACUUGCGCUCUCCAUGCUUCCGCCAAUAAUAAUCUUUCUUCAUCUUCCAGGGAACAACCCCAUGAAACUGCUAACAACAACAACAACCCCCAAAAUGUUGUUCGUGUUCCUUCUAGUUUGUGGCCAAUUUCUGAGGUGCAACGAGCUCUUCAGUCUGAUAGCUUUCAAGUCCUUCAACCUACUGCUACUACUACUCCUCCUCCUCCUCCUCCUCCUCCUAGUAGUAGUAAUAAUAACAAUAAUAACACAACACUUGGUAUUAUGCAACUUGGUGAUGGUUCCUUUAUUUACCCCCAACCUGUUUUUGAUAGUAGCCACCACCACCACCAAAUCCACCAUGGCCACCAGCACACGCCAAUUAAUUCGUUAUACCACCAAGGCUAUCAACGUUUUUUCUCCACUGCUGGCACUUCUCCAUUCCGCCCGGCCUCAAUCAAUUACAUGGAGAAUCUUCCUCCUCCUCAUCAUCAUCCGUAUGCCGGUUCUUCUUCUUCUUCUUCGUCUCCUUCCCCUCUUCCUUGGAGCACCGUGAUUAGGCCAAGGGCUGUUCCUGUGUCUCUCACUCACCGAGUUGGAGGAAGUAAUAGAGAAUCUAACAACACCAGAAACAACUAUCCUUUUUCUUCUCCUGCUGGAAGGGGAACAAUCACUGUGACUCAGAAUCGUGGAAACUCAUCAUCAUCAAGCUUAUUCCCCGGUGGGUCUCCUUCAACACGGCUACUCGAAAGCCUUGUACAAAACGCUGGUACCCCUUCUUCUGGAUCUGGCGGUGGUCAGAAUAAUACAGCAGGUACUACCGUUGGAGCUGUUCCUGCAGUUCAGCAGCUGUCGAACGUUGCUCGUGCAUGGAUUCGAAGGCUGAACGCUCAUGAUGAGGCCUUGACGAGAACGUCACAAUCUUCUACCCCUGAUAUUACUCCUCACAGGGCACUGCGAGCUUCUCCUAUUGCUGAGAUGUAUAAUUUGCCUACUUAUUUUGCUGAUGAUUCAAGAAGGCUUAGACAAGAGAUCCGCACUGCCAUUGAUCAUUUGCGUAAUGGAGGUUCCGUCCGACUGGAGGAACUUUUAAUUCUUGAUUACUCCAUUGUGCUGAACUUGCUUGACAACAUUGAGGAGGAAGAGGAUGAUGUUCCGCAGCAGUUUUAUGAGUAUCUGGGAGACGGGCAGCGAGUGACCAACCCCGAUUUAGGACUGACGGAAACUGAGGUUGCAAUAUGUAUUGGACGGGAAAUUUUCCAAACUGUUGGUGAGCAGCCUCAGAACAUUGAUGCAUGCGGCAUAUGUCAGGAGGACUAUGUUCACGGUGAAGAGCUUGGGAGAUUGGAUUGUGCGCACAGAUAUCACCUUUCUUGCAUCAGGCAGUGGUUGCUCAUCAAGAACAGAUGCCCAAUCUGCAAGAAAAUGGCUCUCACCAUCAUAGACUUGGAGGACGACGAGGACGAUGAUGAGUGAUCAGAAAUGUUUGUUGGACUCAUUUUGAAUAAAAUGGCCAUGGUGCUAGAAACUUUGUUUUAUUUUUCAUGUUGUUGUCUUGGUCUACCUUAUGCUUGAGACCGUACAUUGUGCCUUUAGCCAUUGGUUUUGUUUUUCAAGGAUUGGAUGCUUUGGUUAAACAUUGGUUGACAAUAUUGCUAAAUUUGAAACGCCAUUCGACUAAUGCUCUCGUUAUUACUUAUUUUCACAAUUAUAAGUUUAUAACGCUGCCUCCUUUGACAUAUUAUAUUAUAUGUCGUUUAUGCAUUGUUGAAUAUAUAUAAUCAGGGUGUUAGAAUGAGCCGGGAUGAACUCAGUUCGUCGCAGCAGCUUCCUUGAUCGACGCGGUGGUUCCUACAAAAGGACUCUACCACUCAAGUUAAAAGAGUCUAUGAGAUAAAGUAUGGUAAUGU